GUGACGCACGCAGGUGCUUCAUUUUCGGCACAUACAACCGAAGUAUUUUACUGUGACCUAAAUGUGUUUUUGAUUAUAACCAGGCUAUUGACAGUGAUAAUAGAGCCGUAAACUUUUAAUCUUUGCAAUAACUCAAGAUACAUAAGGAUUUUGACUACACAAAUGGAAAACUAAAGUAUGAAAAAGUGUUGUAAAAGUGGGUGAAAACAGUGAUCUCAACUUUUCCCGCCUAUCUACAAACUACAAAAAAUUACCAGUCAAUUGUACGCUCGAAUUUUCGAAUGUAAAAACGGGCAUAAAAAAUACGUCAGUGCCACGAUUAACAAAGCUAUUUCGGAGCGUAUAAAGUGGGGUCGCAGCCCGCCCCCUAUACGCUGGGUAGGCAGCUGACAAAGGGUAGUCAACCCCUAUUCGGAGGGGAGCGUGGGCUAAGAUUACCGUUAGCGGCACAUUGUUAGGGGAGAAACUUAUUUCGAGUUUUUAUUUUCAAAUUCAGAACGCUAUAGCGAGGCUUACGACUAUUUUGUAUCUUGAGUUCUAAAUGUAUAGUAACAAUGUGUAGUAACAUAGAAGACAAAGAGUCAGAGAUUAGUGUUAAAAAACAUUAUGCUCAUAACAAAGUGGCAAUAGUGAGCCAGAAUGAAGACGGACGGACAAUAUUCACAUGUGUAGAGUGCUCGCAGGAGUAUGAUGAGAAGGACAAUCUACAACUUCAUCUAAUAUCACACUAUGAUGAAUUUAAAUUCGUGUGUGAAGUCUGUGGGAAGGGCUUGAAAAGGAAAGAGCAUUUAGAUAGACACAUGCAAGAACACACUGGGAUAAGGCCACACGUCUGCCCGGAGUGUGGUAAGGCGUUCAAGCGGAAAGAGCAUCUCAACAUACACGUCACCAUCCACUCUGAUGUAAAGGUUCUAGCAUGUCCAAUCUGUAGUAAAAAAUUCAACCGAAAAGACCACCUACAGAAGCACAUACAGACACACAACAAACACUUCAUGGAGCAGGGUGUGAUCGGUGACUUGGGUGUGCCCAACAUCAAGAUGGAAGUUAAUGAUGAUGAGGAAUACAAGGCUGGCUCGGACAUAGGAAACACGGAGAGUGAUCAUACUGCUGAGAUGGACACAGACGGCAGCUACGAUGAUUCUUUCGACCCGGCGAUGGAACUAGCCAAGCAGUUCCUGGUCGCCAAGGACGAGAUGUCAUACGAGACCUAUGUCAAUGGCAACUUCGACCCUGAGCGGCCACACGUCUGCCCGCUCUGCGGCAAGAGCUACAAGCGGAAGGACCACCUUAAAAUCCACAGUUGGACGCACAAGAAGAAGGAGAAGUUUUGUACGGAGUGCGGGAAAGCGUUCCACACGUCAGACCAGCUGCUGGUUCACGUGAACCUGUCCCACGUGCGGCCCUUCGAGCACGGCAACGGCGCUGCACCAAAAAUUGCACAAAAACAAUCCUGGCCGCAGAAGACCGGCGCGGGCAACCACGAGUGCAGCAUCUGCCACCGCAAGUUCAAGCGGAAACAGCACCUCAAGACGCACUACAAAGUCCACACACGACACAACCCCACCCAGCUCAUAUGGUGCACCGCCUGUAGCGAAGGUUUCUACAACCAGAGUCUAUACGAGCGGCACACGUGUCAGGGCGGCGGGGCGGAGGACGGGGCUGCUGACGAGGAAGGGGAGGAGGCGGAGGAGGCGGGGCCGCACGUAGACAAGAAGGAGAACAACCCCAUGGAGUUGCUGGAGGUGGUAGUGUCGGAGUAUCCCGCGGCGGACACCGAGGCGGCGAUCCCGUGCCCGCGGCGCGUGUACGUGUGUAAGGUGUGCGGCAAGUCCUUUAAGCGGAAGGACCACUUCAAGAUACACCAGUUUACACACACCGGCGAGAAGACCGUCUUCUGUCCCGAUUGUAAUAAAGGUUUCUACAGAAAAGACCAUCUACAGAAGCACAUGAUAGUUCACGCGCGGCUGCGGACCAAGGAGCCCCAGAAACGCAAGAAACACAUCCCGGACCUCUUCCCCAUCGACCAGCUGCCCCACGCCAGCUUCAACAACAACAAACACGACAAACAACACGACAAGAACAACAAACAACAGGACAACAACAAACACGACAACAACAAACAUCAGGACAUAGCCGAUGUGCUCCCUGAGAUAACCAUACACGCGCCAUCGAACACGAAACUGCGCGUGCCGCUGAAGAUCAAAGUGCCCUACCAGAUGGUGAUGUCGAUGGACAACGGCGAGAAGCGAGCGUUCACCGUCGACCCGCAGACUUCCAACUCCAUACAUGUAGACUAGUGGAUCAGUCUUGUGCAUGGUGAACUAUAUUACAGUGGUAUAGCGAGGAUAAUUAACUGAGCGGUUUCGGUUUUCGCGUCGCUUGAAUUGUCUGCAUUAAAAAAUAAACCUUUUUACCGUGAUAUAGCGAGGUAAACGGUCUGUAUCUUCGAUGGACAACGGCGAGGAGAGAGCGUUCAGCUACACUAGUGGAUCAGUCUAUAGAUGUUGAGGGAAAGCCGUGUCCAUAGAAGUAUGCUGGUGUGCCGCAUCAGUCUGCACGGUAACGUGUACUUUAUUACCGUCGUACAGUGAAGAAAUCGGCUUGAGUGCGGCUUCGAUUUGCGCAUCGCAAUUAAUGAAUUGUUUGAAUAGAAAAAUAAACCUUAUUACCGUGAUAUAGCGAGGUAAACGGACUGUAUAUUCGAUGGACUUUGCACGCUACACAGUCCAAUUUCUGGAUAGAAAAAUUAAGUUACAUAAUAUAAUAUAAUAAUAUCUAUGGACGCUUCACAC